AUGAAUGAUAUCAAUCCUCGGGCGUCAGCCACAUUGCACCGCUCAAGUAGUGCACAGGUCUUACCUUCAAAUCCACAUGAGGAUGACGAACUGUUGCAAUACCAGCUCAAGUUCUUAAAGGCAACAAACGCUGAUGAAACGGAGCACAUUGUACUUUCUCCAAUUCUGAUAGGAAAUUUUCUUCGAGGGGGAGUUCUAGCUCUCGAUCAUCCACAGUAUGGGCUUCUGGCAGGGAUCAGCCAAUUGCUGAAGGUCGUACAUCCUGAACAGACAGCCCAAGACUUGUCGAACAACCAUGAUCCGCGGGUCUUUUUCAAUGCGACAACUCCAUCCAGCACGUUUAUAUGUGGAUCUCAAGGUUCUGGAAAGAGCCAUACCCUUUCUUGCUUGCUAGAGAACUGUUUGAUACCCUCGAAACUCGGAAACUUACGCAGUCCUCUCACUGGGGUGGUCUUCCAUUAUGAUACUUUCAUCAGUGACAAUAUGGGCUCCCCUUGUGAGGCGGCAUUCUUGUCGUCAAACCCUGCUGUGGAAGUUCGAGUAUUAUGCUCACCCACGAAUAUUCGAGGCAUCAAUGGAACGUACUCUCGCUUUGGAAUCAACGUUCAUCCGCUGGAGAUUGACCAGAAAGAUCUCAAUACAAAGCGCAUGUUAGAUCUGAUGGCUGUCGAGUCAAGUACUGGUACCAUCCCUUUGUACAUGCAUACGGUUCAGCGGAUCUUGAGGGAAAUGCGAGUCUCUCAACAAGCUAGUGGAUUGCCAUUUGACUAUCUUGAGUUUAAAAGGCGCGUUUUGGGGAGUGAUUUAACUCCUGGCUAA